CCUCCAAUAACAGAAAAGAGAAAAAAGAAAAAAAGAAAAAAAAGAGAAACCCCACGAAACCCCUAAUUCUGAUUUCUCUUUCUCUCUCUCUCUCUUCGCUCCGAUGGAUUUUCAAGUGGUAGUUCUCGCCGGCGGAACUUCCAAGAAUCUCAUCCCUCUCGUCUCCAAGGAGGUUCCGAAAGCUCUACUUCCGGUGGCGAACCGGCCGGUUCUCUCCUACGUUUUGGAGCACUUGGAACAAAGUAACCUUAAGGAUCUCAUUGUUGUUGUUGAAGGGCAAGAGGCGGCUGCUCUGGUUGGUAAUUGGAUAUCGGGGGCUUAUGUUGAUCGUCUACAUGUUGAGGUUGCUGCAGUCCCAGAGGAUGUUGGAACAGCUGGUUCACUCCGGGCCAUUGCUCACCACCUGACUGCAAAGGACAUCAUGGUUGUGAGUGGCGAUCUUGUUUCUGAUGUUCCUCCUGGUGCAGUGGCAGCUGCUCAUAGACGGCAUGAUGCAGUAGUGACUGCAAUGCUCAGCUCUGCUCCUGUCAGUGGACCUUCAGAGUCUGGUUCCUCUACUGGAAAAGACAAAACCAAGAAGCCAGGGCGCUACAACAUCAUAGGGCUGGACCCCACAAGACAGUUCUUGUUAUAUAUAGCUACAGGUGCUGAAGUUGAGAAAGAUAUUAGAAUACAGAAGAGCAUACUCCGUGCAGUUGGCCAGAUGGAAAUCCGAGCUGAUCUUAUGGAUGCUCAUUUGUAUGCAUUCAAGAGGUCUGUUCUACAAGAAGUUCUAGAUCAAAAGGAUACAUUUCAUAGCUUAAAGCAGGAUGUCUUGCCUUAUCUUGUCCGGAGCCAGCUGAAGUCAGAAGUAUUGUUAAAUGGUGCACCACAAGCAGAAGAAAAUGGAAACCAGAAGGUUAAUUCCCAGAGCAACCAAGUAACUCUGUCUGGGAUUCUAGCUAAUGCAUCUACUCCAAGUUUUCAUCAACUCUCUGGAUUGGGUACCAAUGGUUCUACUCGAAGAACCCAUAAAUGCUGUGUUUAUAUUGCUGACGACAGCAAGUACUGUGUGCGCUUAAAUUCCAUUCAAGCAUUUAGUGACAUUAAUCGGGAUGUCAUAGGAGAAGCUAGUCGUCUAUCAGGGUAUUCCUUCUCUCCCCAAAACAACAUCAUCCAUCCUUCAGCAGAGCUUGGCUUAAAAACAACUGUGGGACCACAUUGCAUGCUCGGGGAAGGUUCACAAAUGGGUGACAAAUGUAGUGUGAAACGGUCUGUUAUUGGCCGCCACUGCAGAAUAGGUUCUAAUGUAAAGGUAGCUAAUUCAGUUAUAAUGAAUCAUGUCACCAUUGGGGAUGGUUGCUCGAUCCAAGGUUCUGUGAUUUGUAGCAAUGUACAGCUCCAAGAGCGUGUCAAUUUGAAAGAUUGCCAAGUUGGGGCAGGUUUUGUGGUUACUGCUGGCAGCGACUGCAAAGGGGAGGCCUUGGCUAAGAAAGAGAAAUGAGUGCUAGGGGAAGUCCCUGGGUGGGAUGAGAAUUGUUAAUCUUUUUUUCUUUUGGCAAUUGAUUUACUGUAGGUUGGAGCAGAUUUUGUGGUGACUGCUGGCAAUUGAGUACAGGGCAAUACCCUUUGCAAGAAAGGGGGAUUGCUUGGCUCCAUGAGUGUAUUAUCAGCUCUCAUUGCUCUCUCUCUCUCUCUCUCUCUCUCUCUCUCUCUCUCUCUCUCUCUCUCUCUCUCUAGGUGCUCAUUCUUGUGUCAAUAGAAUUCUUGUUUCGUUUGUAUCUGUAUUUCUAGAGACAGGUCAAUAGAUAAUAUCAAUUUUGAUGAGUUAUAGUAGUUAUUAAAUAAAAAGUCUUUGAUCAA